UUACAACUUAAAUCUGCAACAUCUUUCCUUAAGUUCCGUAAAAUUACAAACCCCAGAAAGACCAUAUUAUUCGUGCCACCAAGUAUACAAAUUCUUCCUCCCAAUGGUCAAGUAGUAACAAGGAAAGGUGGUCCAGUUUCUUUUGAGUGCAAAGCUAAUGGAAAUCCUACACCUACAGUUCAAUGGUCCAAAAAGGAUGGUUUAUUACCUUCGGGACAUCAGGUCGAAACUGGUUAUCUUCUCAAUCUGAAUGAUGUUCAGAGACAAGAUGCGGGAGUAUAUCAGUGUACAGCCUCUAAUGGAAUAGGGCAACCAGUUACUGGAGAAAUAAAGCUGCAUGUAUUAUAUCCUCCCGAAGUGAGCGUUAUUCGGUCGUGGGUAAAUGCAGGAGAAGGAGGAGAGGCUAAACUGGAUUGCGUAGUCCAUGCUGAUCCCCCCGCAGAAGUGAUGUGGUAUCAAGAUUCCUUCAUUCUACAGCCCACCGACCGUCGUCAAAUGUCAAAAAAUGGAAACACGCAUACGUUAACCAUUCGAAAUAUUCAACCAUCGGACUUCGGUAAUUACAGUUGUAUGGUAUCUAAUUCGAUAGGAAGAGACAAGAGAUAUAUGGAAUUGUCUGGAAAGCCCGGACCAGCUAAAAUUAUCAGCGGACCGUAUUCAAAUCCCCACGAGUAUGAUUUGAAGUGGGUGGUGCAGUCUGUUUUCCCCAUUAUUGAGGUCAGGAUACUCUAUAGGAGGAUAAUAUCCAAUGCAUCCUACCACCAUCCUGGUCAUUGGCACGAUCUCCUUGUGAAGCCAGCUCAAAACUACAACCCUACAACCAGUGAAAGAAGCCAGCGAUACCAACUAACGAACCUUUUCCCCGAUUCUGUUUACGAAUGUUUGGUUCAAACGAAGAACCAGCACGGCUUCGGGGAACUCUCCGAUCUUCACCAAUGGUCGACUUCUCCAAGGGGUAGGUUCAUCGUUCAGAGUGGUUGUGAUGAGACUAGGAAACAAUCGGUGAACUAUUUUAUUGUGAUGGCGGUUAUUUGGAUUGUAAAUGUACUUAGAGCGUGAAGUGGGAUUGGAAAGUUUACGGAUUAUUUUUUUAUUGGAUUCGAUUGUGUAUAAGCUGUCCAAAUGUAAAAUAAAAUUAAUAGUGCAGUUACUGAAGGUGGAUAUGAGAUGUUACCUCCAAUUUCGUUGAACCUCAAUCGAAUUUUAUGAAAAUUAGUGAGUGGUUAGAGAAUAGCUCAAGAUGUUGUUCUGAAGCUAUUUCCUUGUGGCAUUUUUAUGAUUAAUUAUUUAUA